AUGCCAAAUGUUGAACGAAUCAAAUUGAAUUUUAAUUGUGACGUUCCAUUAAUUCAUUUCGCUCAAACAGUUGCAAAUCGUUUAUUAUAUUUGCGUCGAUUUGAUUGCCAUAUUGAUAAUGCACCUGAUGAUGAAUUAACGAGUGAUGAAAUAAUACGACAAAUUCAUCCAUGCUUUAAUCGUAUUCAAUCUACCAUAGAUGAUUUUGGAUAUCGAAAAUAUACAACCAAUUAA